UCCACACUCCCGAGGAGGCUCACGCAGGCUUCGAAGGAGUAGUCCGUCCAAUUUUUAUAUUUUAAAAAAAAAACAGAACAGCUCUUUUUUUUUAUAAAUUAAUUUGUCUCUUCUGAUUGAUUCCUCGGACAGAGCUGUUUGGUAAUUUUUUUAAAAAAAAUAAUGUCGUACGGAUACGAUGAUGAUGACGCGAAGAAGAGGAAGAGGUACGUCAUCAUCACCAUCUCCUCCGUUCUCCUAAUCUCAAUGGUCGUCGCCGUUACGGUCGGCGUUAGUCUGAACAAGGAAGAUAACGGCGAUGGGGAGGGCGGUAACGGACAGGUUACGGCCUCCGUUAAAGCCAUCAAGGAGGUAUGUGCACCGACGGAUUACAAGAAGACAUGCGAGGACACGCUGAGGAAAAACGCCAACAAUACGUCUGAUCCGUUGGAGCUCGUGAAAACGGCUUUUGAGGUGACGAUGAAGCAAAUCGCGGAGGCCGCGGCCAAAUCGAAGACGCUGAUCGAGAUUCAGAAGGAUCCGAGGACGAAGAUGGCUCUUGAUCAGUGCAAGGAGCUUAUGGAUUACGCCUUCGACGAACUCAAGAGCUCGUUCGACGAGCUGGGCAAGUUCGAGUUCCAUAAACUGGACGAGGCCUUGAUCAAUCUCAGGAUCUGGCUCAGUGCCGCCAUAAGCCACGAGACCACGUGCCUCGAAGGGUUCGAGCAAACGCAGGGCAAUGCAGGGGAGACGAUGAAGAAGGCGUUGAAGACAGCGAUCCAGUUGACUCACAACGGUCUGGCAAUUGUGACCGAGAUGUCGGAUUUCGUGGGUCAGAUGCAGAUUUCCGGUCUGAACAGUCGUAGGUUGUUGUCUAGUAACGGUUACCCGUCGUGGGUCGACGCACGUGCACGACGUCUCUUGGCCGCGACGGUGACGGACGUGAAACCCGACAUCGUGGUGGCUCAGGACGGUAGCGGUCAGUAUGCGACGAUCAACGAGGCGUUGGAACACGUCCCGAAGAAGAAGAACGUGACGUUCGUGGUUCACAUUAAGGCAGGUGUUUACAAGGAGUAUAUUCAGGUGAACAAGAGCAUGACAGAUCUUGUCUUCAUCGGCGACGGUCCGGAUAAGACCAUCAUCUCCGGCGAUAAAGGUUUCAAGGACGGUAUCACCACUUACCGGACACAAACCGUCGCUAUUGUCGGAGACCGUUUUAUCGCCAAGGACAUCGGGUUCGAGAAUACGGCCGGAGCGAUCAAGCACCAGGCAGUCGCGGUCAGAGUCCAAUCGGAUAUGUCGGUUUUCUACAACUGCAGAUUCGACGGUUACCAAGACACGCUCUACACUCAUUCCCACCGUCAGUUCUUCCGUGACUGCACCAUCUCCGGUACCAUCGAUUUCCUGUUUGGGGACGCGGCCGCGGUUUUCCAGAACUGUACGCUCCUUGUCAGGAAGCCGCUUCCUAACCAAGCCUGCCCGAUAACUGCUCAUGGACGUCAAGACCCUAGGGAGCCGACCGGGUUCGUCUUCCAAGGUUGUCAGAUCGCCGGCGAGCCGGAUUACUUGUCGGUCAAGGCAACGUCCAAGGCUUACCUCGGAAGGCCAUGGAAGGCAUACUCAAGAACCAUCAUCAUGAACACAUUCAUCCCGGAUUUCGUCCAGCCACAGGGCUGGCAACCGUGGAACGGCGAUUUCGGCCUCAGCACCUUGUUCUACUCCGAAAUCCAGAAUACCGGACCGGGUUCAGACGUAGUAAACCGGGUCACUUGGGCCGGUAUCAAGAAAUUGACGAACAAUGACCUCCUCCAGUUCACUCCUGCUCAGUUCAUUCAAGGUGAUUCUUGGAUUCCAGCCACAGGUGUACCCUACACUCCCGGUUUUUUCGCCGGAACCGGUUCACCCGUCCCGGUCGCCGCAUCAGGACCCGUCGAAGCAACGAGUACCGGUUUUGUUCAAACAACCCUGUCUGAGCCCUCGACCGCUCCGGCUCCUAGUCCGAGUUCCAUCGCCAUGGAGGACCCAGUAAGUGGCUCAGAGGCCUCGACCGCUCCGGCUCCUGGUCCGAGCUCCUUAGCCAUGGAGGACCCAAAUCCCUCAGAGGCCUCGACCGCUCCGAGUUCCUUUGUUACGUAUGACCUAAGUCCCUCCUCUUCUCCGGCGGCUGCUCCUGCUCCUGAGGGCUCGGCUUAGAAGUCAACGACAACGUUUGUGUUUGAGUCUACAUAAUAGAGUUUGACUUAUAAAUGUUUUUUUUUUCUGAAAAAAAAGGAAAGGAUGGAAAAAGUUUUAUAAAACAAAAGAAAAAUUUGACAAAAAAUCUUGGUCUGCCAAAUUGAUGGGGAAUGCUUUUUUAGCCUUGUAUCAUCAUGUUAAAAUCUUCGCUUAUUUCCAA